CUUAAUUUGCUGGUUUGUGCGUGUGCGAUUCCAUGGAUUCUCUCUCGAUUCCCUCACAGAGUCCAUAUCUUGCUCUCUGCAUCUGAAGCUGAAGAAGAAAAACAAUUAGGGUUUUGUUAGUUGAUUAUCUAUCUGUUAAUUAAGCCAUGGGUUCAAAUCGAGACUCUUCCAAUGAACAACCCAAUUUGCCCUCACCAAAGAACAUAUACAAGGAUCCAGAUGAUGGCCGCCAACGCUUCUUGCUGGAACUCGAAUUCGUUCAGUGCCUUGCUAAUCCCACCUACAUUCACUAUUUGGCUCAGAAUCGGUAUUUUGAAGAUGAAGCUUUUAUCGGGUACCUGAAAUACCUUCAAUAUUGGCAAAGACCCGAGUAUAUAAAGUACAUAAUGUAUCCACAUUGCCUCUUCUUCCUUGAGCUUCUCCAAAAUCCUAACUUUCGGAAUGCAAUGGCGCAUCCUGGAAGCAAGGAACUGGCACAUAGGCAGCAAUUUUAUUUCUGGAAGAAUUAUCGGAACAACCGGUUGAAGCAUAUAUUACCAAAGCCACUUCCUGAACCUACUGUUGCACCCCCAACAUCUGUUCCCCCCCAUUUGCCACCUCCAACCAUUGCUGCUCCUCCUGUUCCUUCCCCUUCUGCUGGUCAAGUUCCUUCUCCGAUGCAGUAUGCAAUGCCCCCUGGAUCUGCUCUUGCUAGAAAUGACAUAAGAAGCAUUGCAGCUGAUCGAAGAAAGAGAAAGAAAGAUGGGUAAUUUCAACAGUCCAGAUACAACUCAAACGGAGAAUAUUAUAAUGGGGAGAGGUAGUUUUUAUUCAAGUUUAUUAUUUCUUUAACGUUCACUUGUGCCCCAUUAGUAUCUUUAAAAAAGCUUGAAGUGUUUGUUUUUUUAACUUCAUUGGCACUUCCAAAGUGCUGCAAGGACCAACUCUCCUUGUCAUGUAUCUGUUGUCCUUUUAGUGUAUGUGAAAUAUCUUUCGGUUUGAUUAACUGCUGAGGAUGAUUUGUAUAUUUUCAUUUUCUGUAGUAUCUGGUUGUGUGGCCUAUCCAUGUACGGAUUUAAUUCCCGUGCUCCAAAAAUAGUUAGUUGAUGACUUUGGACGAUUUAUAUUUGAUUGUGUUCCAAUGCCUUGAGCUGAAUUUGUAUUA